AAGUACAUAUAUACUCACGUUCUCUUUCGCAAAAUAUCCACUUCGACAGUCUUCUUCUUCAAUCGAUCUUGAUAUCUGUCUUUUUUCCUCCCAAAAUGGCCCUUCAAGCUGCUUCUUUGGUCUCCUCUGCUUUCUCUGUUCGAAAAGAUGGAAAACUGAAUGCUUCUUCAUCAUCCUUCAAGGACUCGAGUCUUUUUGGUGCCUCCAUUACAGAACAUGGCUCUUUCUCAUUUAGAUUCAAGAGAGAACAUAGCUCGAGGAAUGUGCUCGCAGUUCGUGCCCAAACAGCUGCAACUUCAAGCCCCUCGGUCACAAAAUCUUCAUCUGGCGGCAAGAAAACGUUGAGGAAAGGUACCGUGGUGGUCACGGGAGCCUCGUCAGGGUUAGGUUUAGCCACGGCCAAAGCUCUUGCCGAGACAGGUAAGUGGCACGUGAUAAUGGCGUGCAGGGACUUUCUUAAAGCCGAGAGAGCCGCUAAAUCCGCAGGGAUGCCUAAAGACAGCUACACGGUGAUGCAUUUGGACUUAGCCUCGUUGGACAGCGUGAGACAGUUCGUUGAUAGCUUCAGGAGAUCGGAGAUGCCUCUCGAUGUUUUGGUCUGCAACGCUGCGGUUUAUUUCCCUACAGCUAAAGAACCUACUUACAGUGCAGAAGGGUUUGAGCUUAGUGUUGCCACGAAUCACUUGGGACAUUUUCUUCUCUCGAGGUUGUUGCUUGAUGACUUGAAGAAGUCUGAUUACCCUUCAAAGCGUCUCAUUAUCGUCGGUUCCAUUACCGGGAACACCAAUACAUUGGCUGGUAAUGUUCCACCGAAGGCGAAUCUAGGCGAUCUGAGAGGUUUAGCGGGUGGACUGAACGGAUUAAACAGCUCGGCGAUGAUUGAUGGUGGAGAUUUUGACGGUGCAAAGGCUUACAAAGACAGCAAAGUGUGCAACAUGUUGACGAUGCAAGAGUUUCACAGGCGUUACCAUGAAGAAACUGGAGUCACAUUCGCUUCGCUUUACCCUGGUUGCAUUGCCUCUACGGGUCUAUUCAGAGAGCACAUUCCGCUGUUCCGUACACUCUUCCCUCCGUUUCAGAAGUACAUCACUAAAGGUUAUGUCUCCGAGACAGAGUCUGGCAAAAGACUUGCUCAGGUGGUGAGUGAUCCGAGCUUGACGAAGUCAGGGGUUUACUGGAGCUGGAACAAGGCUUCGGCGUCUUUCGAGAACGAGUUAUCAGAAGAAGCAAGCGAUGUUGAGAAGGCUCGUAAAGUGUGGGAGAUCAGUGAGAAGCUCGUUGGGUUGGCUUAAUGACACUUGGAAUCUCUUCUUUCUGAUGAGAUCAUGUUGUGCCAAAUGAUGAAAUACCUAGAGGAUGUUCUGGAUUUUUAGAUGUCUGAUUCUGUUGAGGAAUUUUUCGUUAGUGUAUGUUGAGUGUAGAUCUGUUUGGCUUGUAGCCCCAUAAUAAAGAACAGCAUCAAUCAAACACCAA